UUCCCCGUCUCAACAGGACCUUUUGCUGCAGGUCACUUGGGAUCAGUCAGCAUGUCCAUGAAUCGGCCGUUAAAAGCACUGAUGCCUCGCCCCGACCUCGUCGAAGACGACUUCAGUUCCACCCGCCCCGCCGGACGCAGCGAUUCCAUUGAUAAGGGCAGCGAGUCGGAUGGACUGGAUGGCAGUGCCCCCGGCAGCGACGACAAGGCCGUUGUCGUGUUGGCCACGUCUGAGCUCCUUCCGCUUGAAAACGUAGCCGAGGAAUUGGCAGCCCUGCGUCGAGCCAUUCAAAACCACGACUGGCUCGUGCAGUACGGUGCCAUAGAAUCGUUUCGACGAGGCAUGAUCCAUCACACAGCAGCGACAUGCGGCGUCGUGGACGUUGGCUUGCUGCACCGACUCCAGGAGGCGAGCCUCAACCUCCGUUCGGCCAUGAGCAAGAACGCGCUCUUGGCCCUGGCAGAGUGCUUUGAGUUCGCCCCCGACAAGAUGGCCGACCUGGACCUGUCGACAGUCGUGGAAUCCAUCUUGAACCGCGCCGCAUGCGAAAAAAAAUUCCUGCGCGACGCCGCCGACCACGCCCUGGCUAAAUUGGCAGCUUACGUGCCAACUGCGCGAGUUCUCACCGCGUUGACCAGCGUUGCCGGCAGCAAAAACAGCAAACUAUGUGUCGCAGGCUGCAAUGGCACGAUGCAGUGCCUUCAGGAAUUGAAAUCUCGGGGACUCGUCUUGUCUGACCAAGAGGCGACGGCGGCUCUAAUCUGCCAGUUGGUCAAGUUUCGAAGUGGCAAGGAUGCCAAGGUCCGCGACGAUGCACUGGUGGCUCUACGACUCGUGAGUGAACUGGUGGGCAGUGCAGCAUCCUUUGAAGCGGCAGUUGCAAAAGCUGUGACGAGUAAACCAGUGGUGAUGAAGGUGAUUUCCGAUACAAAGGUUGUCAGUCGACCGCAGUCAAAGGGCUUAAGGCCAUCAGGCACCAGCUUGCGCGACAACCUUCGGCUGAAUCGAACGACUGUAGAAUAGUUAGACAGCCAUGAAUCGACUCAUGAACUACAAUACUUAUGGCCAAAAGCUGAGGGCGUACCCAAUUGUUUUGUAACUUUGUGAUGAAAUACAAUUUCAAAUAUUGUACAGUA